AUGCCCCGGGUGAACACCACCCCUCAAAAGGUUCUUGGUAUUGAAGACGCUCUAGUGUCAGACGAGAACCCAGCCUGCAAUGGUACUUUCGACUAUGAGCGCUGCGCCAGAUUACACAAGUACAUCGUGGCAUUAGGUUGGAAGGCUCUUCACAAACAAGACACACCCGACCUUGAUGCACUAGCCAGUGAAAAGUGGCUCUUUAGGCAGGCAGGAGAGGAAAUAGCGUCUAUUCGGAGCCGCCUUAUUCCGCCGCUUAACUCAUUCCUGGAUCUUAUCUAUGAAUCUAAACAUGAGUUCUUUUACUGGGUUGACUCUCUUGUGCUGAUGCCCUGCGAUGAAUAUGUCAUCGACUCGGAAGACAGGAAGUUGGAGAAAGGCAAAGAACGAUUCGUUCUCAUUUAUCAUACUCAAGACACCCUGGGCUCACAUAAUCUAGGUGUCAUAUAUGACCAACAGCGCAAUCGACUGUCGUUCUCUAUGACUACAGACAAUAGGGAAAGUCUAGAGCCCAUAUAUGAGCAUGAAGAGAUGUGGCUUCUACUGGAGACUAUUGUGACCUACUGGAUACGCCUGGUUCAGAUUGGUAAAAUUGUUGCUGGAAUUCCAGAUAAGAGUUCUUUUGAUGAGCUUGGUUUCCCGACAGAUAGACCACAGUUCAAUCUGUUGGCAUUGCUCCCUUAUUGUGACUUCCAGGUUGAGAGUACAAUAACCGCGAUGGAGCGCUACUCAGAUAUCAUUGAAUCUCGAAUGUCUCCUGACUCACUUCUGUCAAUUUCUUCUGUACAUGCUCUUCCUACCGAUGCUGAACUUGAUGCGGCAGAUGUGCCGAAUAAUGGCUUUACGGCGAUGGUUGAAAGUGGCAUAUGGACUGUGGGCGAUGAUGGUGUGGAGGGAGGAAUCGACAAAUUCAGUGAAGCAGACUUUGGCGAUGGAUUUGAAUAUUCAAUUGAACCAAGCUGGUGA